CCUAUACGUAUUAUACUUUAGUAACCUAGAGAUCAUAGAUCAUAUCUAUAAAUCUUAGUCUAAAGCCCUUUUUAUUCUAUUGGUAUGUUUUAUUUGUCCAUGCUUGAUUUCUCAUCAUGGAGACUCUUCCGUCCUACGAACGCGCAACCACCGCUCCGGACUUGUUGGAUUUAGUCGCAUCGUAUAUUCCGGUGAAAGAUUGGCCUCGAUGUUGCUUGGUAGACCGCCGAUUUUAUCGCCAGUUUGCGCCCCGUCUCUGGCAAGAUCCUUUGGUAACUAUAAGAUGUCUUGGGCUACAUCCGAAUGACGACUUGGCGUGGUAUCGCCGUUUUAUUAAUAGACAUAUCAAGAUUGCUAGGCUCAAAACUCGGUAUUACGUUCGCUCCUUGGACUUUCGGAGCUUCGCACUACGUGCAUCUGGGCUCUAUUCCUCGGAAGCCAGCGAACGAGCCAUCUCGGAGAGUUUCAAGUAUUUACCCCAGCUAUUUCCAGGUCUAAUAUGCCUCUUCGUGGAUGGGCACCCCGAGCUUAAUCCAGAGUCUUUAGCUACCGUUACUCGCACAUCGUCACAGUCUUUACAGCUACUCGAUCUAGCCCGCUGCCCUUAUGAGCUUACGCCUAAGUUCUUUAGCUCCAACCUCUUUAGGAGCUUGGUCUACUUGGACAUGUCCUUCACCCCAGGUUCCGUCAAAACGGCAGUCUCGUCAUCUCUAAACCCUGAUGCGCUUCCAGAACUCUGUGUAUUGAGGGUUGCAGGUAGAGAAAUGGAUAAUCUAACCGCCAGCUUGCUGUUUCGAUCAUUCCGCCGCCAGCUAUGGAGUCUCGAUCUAAGCAACAACAAGCUCGGGGAUGGAAUAAUCGAUGACCUUGUGGAGAAUUGUAUCUCUCCCUCUACGUUCCAUACGGACGCACACUUUGACACCGAGGGGAGAUUAAUUCUACCAAAAGACAUCGGCAGUCGAAAAUAUGGACCUUUUGAAUUCAUCGAGGAGUCCGAGAGAAGUAAACACGAGCGGGACCUGGAGAGAUAUCUUUCAGACUCGCCUUUUUAUUCUCAAAGAGCGGACCAGGCAGAGCUGCAGGAAUGGCAAGCCAUUCGCCCCGACGGCCUCGCACCUCUAAGACACGAUGAUGUGAAUACGGCGAAGCGAUUGCUGCUUAGUGAAUCAUUAUCGGCUACAGCCGGCAGCUUAGAUUCCAGGGGAUCCGGCCUCACGCAUCUAUAUUUAAGCGGGAACAAGUUUACGGUCUCUGGCAUUGAGCGACUUAUAAGGACAUCUCGAGGACGACUCGAACAUUUCGAAUGUGAUUCGUGUCUUUGCACGCCAACCAAUUUUCAAAUUGGCCAUAACUUCAAGAGCGUAAGGAUCCUAGGCUUCCCAGGCUCCGCGCCCCUAUUCCGACCGGUUAUUUCCUCGGCAAUCCGGUCUCUACGGGUUCAUCAUUCUCUCGUAACUCAAGUCCCAUCCAUUUCCAUGGAAGGACUCCCAUCCAAAUCUGCAGUACACCUUGCAGAAGGCCAGUUAUUUAAAAGUAUACGUCGCGCCUAUCCUCUGUCCUUUGCUCCCGAUACGAACCCUCGGAUUACCUCUCUUACGCUCACCAAUAUCCCAGCACGUUCCACAGGCCCAGUAAUUGAACAACUGAUUCGUUUUAUAGAUCUCGCCUGUGUACAGCAGAAGGCUAUAAGGCACGCCGAGACUUUAUUCCACGGCCGCGGCUCGUCGGUUCUAAAGGGACUCCGACAUAUACGACUUGAGCUGGAGCCCAACUUCUCAGACAGCAAUAACGUCAUAUCAACAAGCAGCGACGUAGACUUCGAUAAGCUCCUCGAUCCCGCCCAAGAAAGCUUUAGUCAAGAGUGUGCAUCGAGCUUCUUCGACGACGACGUGUCUUUUGGGAUUACAUCACGAAGUGCACCGAAGAAAACGCAGGCACAGCCAAGCAAAGCACCCGCCAGUGCAGAGGACUACCUGCGAUGGACUUCAGGGCGAUUAAAGUCGCCCCCUUACUCGGACGUUAGUUCUGAGUACAUGACUUCUCACGUCGACGCCGCCGAUUCAUGGAGCGGGAACUUCUACUCGGUCCCCGUUUGGAUCGGAUCAGGGCAUAUCGGCCCGCACGCUGCCGUCAACGAGUACAUGUGGAACGUGCAGGACGCCAACCUCCGUACGGACAUUGGGCCCGCAACGCCGAACCAUAUUGCUGCUGGGGUGCCGCCAAUGACUUAUAUCUUCCACGCGGCGUGGGAGGCCAUGAUAAUGCCCAAGAGCAGCGCCAUCCGAGAACUGGCAAAGAGUUCUGUUGGGUUUAGAGACGUAGCGGGGGCUAUCAAAGAGUACCGUAUUCGAACGAAGGGCACGGAGGAGCACUGGGAUGGUAAGCUUGAACUAGUGCGGACGGGGUGACCUAGUAUAGCACGGCGCUCUUCUGUGAUCAUGCU